GUUGUAGUUCAGCACAGUGAUUCUCUGUUGGCAAAGCUUUACUUAUCCAGAGACUCAGAAAAGGAGGAAUUUGGACUCUAAUUGACACCUUUUGGUAUAUUUGCUUUCUGAGAGGAUUUUGUCUUGAGACUGUUAUGGCGAACAAGGAGAUGGGUAUUCGGUGGCUGUUCUAGAGCAGCUUGGCCAAAGUGCAAACCCCUUCUCCGUCUUUGGACACUCUGGUUCAGCUUACUUGACAUUCUCAUCGUUCACGUAAUGGCAGACAGCUUCAACUUUACUAGCCAUGGUAAAUUGUGGAAACUUCUUCUGUUUUUGAGCGUUGUCUGUGUUUUCUUUUUGCUGAUGUUUGACAGCCAGACAAUAAAACCUCACAAAGGUCCAGAGCUUAGAAACGUUCAUAAUUCCAAUGAAGGGACGGAAGAGGUUGGAGGACGAACGACAACAACAAAACCAACAACAGGAACAAAAGCAACAGGAAAAGAAAUAUCAACAACUAAAUCUACCACUUUAAUUACCACAUCGACCACACCUACGCCGAGUGAAAAAGUCACUGAAAAAACGAAAUGUUCCCCAGAACACUACGUUCUUUUCUUAAAAACACACAAAGCAGGUUCAAGCACAUUGGCGAACAUUUUCUUUCGUUAUGGCGAUUCUCGAGAUUUGUCUUAUGUUCUUGGCUCGGACACGCUGAUUGGAUGGCCGACGCGUUUCCGUAUUGGACAAGCUCUCGCUUUCGAUGGAACUCGGCCGAAUUUUCUUUGCAGUCACACAAGAUUUAAUAAGAAAGCUAUGAACCAUUUGUUUCCGAAAGACGCCAGCAAAUACGUGACAAUCAUCAGAAACCCCAUCAAACAGUUCGAGUCAGCUUUUACCUACAUGGGAAUCGGGAGAAAGUUUGGUUUUGGGGGAAACUCCGUAGAAUCUUUAAAAGCGUUUCUAAGGAAUGGAAUUAGUUUCAGCGACAUAAGAAAAUCAACUUUAGCCAGAAAUCCACAAUUGUUUGAUCUAGGUUUGGAUUUCAAGUUUUAUCAGGAUGCCAAAGCCAUUAAAGAGUACAUUGAAUUCCUGGAAAAGGAGUUUGAUUUGGUUUUAAUCUCAGAUUAUUUCGACGAGUCUGUGGUUCUUAUGAAGCGAUUACUUUGCUGGGAAUUGGACGAUGUGCUUUAUGUCAAAAGCAAUGAACGACUAGACAAAGAUAAAUCUCCUGAACUGUCUGAUGAUACGAAAGAGAACAUCAAACGGUGGAAUAAAGCCGACAUGUUGCUCUACGAACACUUUAACCAAACUCUUUGGCGGAGAAUAGAAACAGAAGGAAAAGAUUUUUUUGACGACCUGACGAACUUUCGACGAAUGAAAGAGGAACUUAAAACAAAAUGUUUUUCCGACAAACCAAGUAUGCAGUUAAUAUAUGGCAACAAGUAUGCUAAAGGUCUCACUUUAAGAUCGGAUUUGCCUUCUGAUUUAAAACAAAAAUGCGGAAGAAUGACGCGAACUGAAAAUAAUUAUCUGGCGUAUUUAAGGAACAAGCGAAUUGAAAAAUUAGUGGGUAUUCACCACGCAGCGCCAAAUGAGGAUGAUCAAGAGAAAGUUAGUUGGGACGCGGCGAGCGAUUAUAAAUAUGUUCCUGUAAAACCCAACUUUUAGACCUCUUUGAUAAUGGUGGGUUUAGUUAUAAUUCUUCCAUGUCCAUGCAAAAUGAGCCCUCUUAUCCUCGCUAAAAUGAAGUUCGAUUUUUUUUUAACAUGUAGUCGAGGCCAGACAGGAUAACUUACUGGUUUAUACAAAAAGAACACAACAAAAAUCUUACAUUUAUACGGGAUCACCUUCCUUUUAAUUUUUUUUUUUUUUCAAAGAAUUUUGAAGUUAAUUUGCCAUCAAAGUGUUUGAAAUUGCAAAGAUUUUUGAAAAAAUAUAUUUGGGUCUAUGAUAAAAUUGAUGGAUCUGAAUACAGAUUUAGAGACUAUAUAACAGGGAUUAUUUUUGAAGAGGAUGGCUAAUUAAAAUGAAUAAUACAAAUUUC